AUGGCCACCCGGAUCACUGGUGGGGGUGGGCCCCAGCAACAGCCGCAACAAAGACGACAACAACAACAACAGCAACAACAACAGCCACAGCAGAACCGACCACAGCGACAUCAUACAGCUCUCGGGCAGAACUGGCCGCCGCUGUUCGAGUCGACAAGAGAGAUUGACAAGCGCAUUGGACGAGUGCCCACCUCCGCCAUGAACAAAGACGCUCACUUCACGUCCCUCCACCUCCACCGCGCGCGCGACGCCGACCUCCUCGAGGCCUUCGCCAAGGACCGCCUCCCCGCCGACGACAUUUACGUGCCCGCCCACCACCAGCCCGUGAACCCGGAGGACGAGGACGACGUCGUGCCCGACCAGCACGCCGCCUUCGGCAUCCAGAAGGCCACCGCCCUGCGCCGCGAGCCCGCCUGGCGCGACUUUGGCCUCGCCGAGCUCAUGGCCAAGGGGCCGGAGCCGGGCGCGUGGGGCAAGGGCGGCGCCAAGGGCAAGUUCGGCAGUGGUGGCCCUGGCGCUGGUGCUCCCGGGGGCAAGAAGGGGCCCAGUCGGUUGCCUAGGUAG